AUGGUGAGCCGCAGGGGGUGGGGGGGCAGCAGGGGGCGGCUGGGGAGGUGGGGGGACGUGGGGCCCAGCUCCGUGCCCCUGCUCCCCAUGCCGCUGCCGCUGCCUGCUCCUCCCUGUAGGGGACCUGGGGGAGGGCGGAUCUCUGUCUUCUCUCUGUCUCCUCGCACUACAAGAAGCUCCCCUUCCACGCGGAACUCUCCUUCUGUGGGCUCCCCGUGCCUGGCACUGCAGGGGACCGAGGCUUCUCAGCCUCGACAAAAUGCCCUCCCUGUGGCCGCCACUCCCUCACCUCAGCCCCAAAUGACACCCAUCUCUGCCUCCCCAUCUUGGGGAUCCCACUGUACCCCAUCCCUACCCUCGGGCACCCCCCCUCCCUCCCGUCGGUGCCACCAGGACCCUCCUGGGCUGCGGAUAGGUCCUCUCAUCCCUGAGCAGGAGUAUGAACGACUGGAGGACUGUGACCCCGAGGGGUCCCAAGAUUCACCCCUCCACGGGGAGGAGCAGCAACCGCUGCUGCACGUGCCCGAAGGGCUCCGGGGCUCCUGGCAUCACAUCCAGAACCUGGAUAGCUUCUUCACCAAGAUCUACAGCUACCACCAGCGGAACGGCUUUGUCUGCAUCCUGCUGGAGGACAUCUUCCAGCUGGGACAAUUCAUUUUCAUUGUCACCUUCACCACCUUCCUCCUUCGCUGUGUGGAUUACGAUGUUCUCUUUGCCAACCAACCAAAUAACCGGACAAGAUCUGGACCAUUCCAUAACAAGGUGACCCUGUCAGAUGCCAUCCUGCCCUCAGCCCAGUGUGCCGAGAGGAUCCAUGACAGUCCUCUGCUGGUCUUCCUCUUGGUCCUGGCUGCUGGCUUUUGGCUGUUCCAGCUGCUUCGCUCAGUCUGCAACCUCUUCAGCUACUGGGACAUCCAAGUGUUCUACAGGGAAGCCUUGCACAUCCCUCCGGAGGACCUGGGCUCCGUGCCCUGGGCGGAGGUGCAGUCCCGUCUCCUGGAGCUGCAGAGGAGCGGGGGUCUGUGCGUGCAGCCGCGCCCCCUGACCGAACUGGACGUCCACCACCGCAUCCUCCGCUACACCAACUACCAGGUGGCCUUGGCCAACAAGGGCCUGCUGCCGGCCCGCUGCUCGCUGCCCUGGGGAGGCAGCGUGGGCUUCCUGAGCCGCGGCCUGGCGCUCAACAUCGACCUGCUCCUCUUCCGCGGCCCCUUCUCGCUCUUCCGCGGGGGCUGGGAGCUGCCCGAGGAGUACAAGCGCCGCGAGCAGCGGGGCGCGCUGGCGGCGCGCUGGGGGCGCACGGUGCUGCUGCUGGCGGCCGUGAACCUGGCGCUGAGCCCGCUGGUGCUGGCCUGGCAGGUGCUGCACGCCUUCUACAGCCACGUGGAGCUGCUGCGGCGGGAGCCCGGGGCGCUCGGGGCGCGCCGCUGGUCCCGCCUGGCGCGCCUGCAGCUGCGCCACUUCAACGAGCUGCCGCACGAGCUGCGUGCGCGCCUGGCGCGCGCCUACCGGCCCGCCGCCGCCUUCCUGCGCGCCGCCGAGCCCGCCGCGCCCCUGCGCGCGCUGCUGGCCCGCCAGCUCGUCUUCUUCGCGGGCGCGCUCUUCGCCGCGCUGCUCGUGCUCACCGUCUACGACGAGGACGUGCUGGCCGUGGAGCACGUGCUCACCGCCAUGACCGCGCUGGGGGUCGUGGCCACCGUGGCCAGGUCUUUCAUUCCUGAAGAGCAAGGCCAGGGGCGCCCCCCGCAGCUCCUGCUGCAGGCAGCCCUGGCGCACAUGCACUACCUCCCCGAGCAGCCCGAGCAGCCCGGCGCGGGCGGCAGGGCCAGCGCCUACCGGCAGAUGGCGCAGUUGCUGCAGUAUCGAGCGGUCUCCCUCCUGGAGGAGCUGCUGUCCCCACUUCUCACCCCACUAUUUCUGCUCUUCUGGUUCCACCCCCGUGCCCUAGAGAUUAUCGACUUUUUCCACCACUUCACUGUGGACGUGGCUGGCGUUGGGGACAUUUGUUCCUUCGCCCUCAUGGAUGUGAAGCGCCACGGCCAUCCUCAGUGGCUCUCCGAGGGUCAAACAGAGGCCUCACUGUCUCAACGCGCUGAGGAUGGAAAGACAGAACUCUCGUUGAUGCGCUUCUCCCUGGCACAUCCUCAGUGGCGACCCCCGGGCCACAGCUCCAAGUUUCUUGGGCAGAUUCGGGGCCGGGUACAACAAGAUGCAGCUGCCUGGGGUGCUACCUCAGCUCGCAGCCCCCCAACCCCAGGGGUGCUCAGCAACUGCACCUCACCUCUGCCGGAAGCCUUCCUGGCCAACCUCUUGGUGAACCCCCUUCUGCCCCCAAGGGACUUGAGCCCCACAACCCCCUGUCCAGCUGCUGCCACAGCCAGCCUCCUUGCCUCCCUUUCCCGCAUGGGCCAGGACUCCAGCUGUGUGUCCCCAGGUGGCACUGGAAGCCAGAAGCUGGCCCAGCUCCCAGAGCUGGCUUCUGCGGAAAUGAGUCUUCAUGCCAUCUACCUACACCAGCUUCAUCAGCAGCAGCAGCAGCAAGAAGUGUGGGGGGAGGCUUCGACCUCCUCUCCCUCCAGGCCCUGGUCCAGCCCCUCACAGCCAGCCUCACCUGACGAUGAGAAGCCAUCCUGGUCCAGUGAUGGCUCCAGUCCUGCCUCCAGUCCCAGACAGCAGUGGGCAACUCAGAGAGCCCCGAGUCUGUUCCCUAGGGUGUUUCAGGAGACGACAGACACCAAGAAAGAGUCUGGCCAGGUCCCCUGCACGGAUUGAGAGGACACUUCAGGUUUCUCACUUCCCCAGCUGCAGGGAAUUGAUUGGAUGGGUGGCAUGGAAGGACACAUGGAGCCAUCUUAGAGCUCCCCUGCCAACAGGUUAACAUGCCCAGGAUGCUUUGGUUGGGCAAGACCUGGGGAUCAAUGAGGAACUUGCCCCAGUGAGGAGAGAAAGAGGAGAGGCGAUGACUGUGUGACAGGGAAACCAAUCUUAGAGAUGGUCCCCACACAAAGGGGCCAAGGAGACACAGCUCCAAAUGGCUGGCAGGAGUAGUUGCCUGUGAAGAAGUCCCUGAUCAUCCUCCAGGUGCAAGGCUGGUGGAAGGCCGGGUCGGGUCACAGGGAGAGGCCAAAUUCAGCAUUAAGGAAGCCAUGAGUUACCCUGAUCUGAAAGACCAGGAAGUUCUUCCUGCUGGCCUCCCUUUCAGGUUCCCAUGGGCCUGGAGGGAGGUGGGCGGGUGACUUGUGAGUGGAAAAUCUAGAGUAGGCUGAUGUUUUUGGACUUUAGCACUGCUGAGAUGUCUGAGGAAGUGGGUGGAGCUCCUCAUCCUGUGUGAAAUAAGCAGUAAAGAUUGCUUGUGGCUGUGUUGCACAUCUUGUAUGAUGGCAGUUUCUGGCAUGCCCCACUCCUGGCAGCUGAUGGCUGCACCUGCUUUCUCAAUCAAGAGCAAGAACAGCCUGUGAUUGGCUGUCUGUGGA